AUGAGCACGCCAUCCCCGAUUCUGAAAAGACCAAAACUAGAGCAGCAAAACAACGACGGCGGUAAUGAAGUGUCACUAAAUCAAGAAUCGAAAGAGAACAACGCCAGAGAAGAAGAAGAAGAUGAUAGCAUAGAAGAGCAAAAGGUGGCUUUGAUUGCUUUAAUCGAACACCGUUCUCGUGAAGUUCAACAUCUUAAGCAACGCAUUUCUUAUUAUAACUCUCAGCUUGUAGAAGCGGAGAAGAGGCUAGAGGAUUCGCAGGUGAAAUUGGGUCGUUUAAGUGGGAAAAGCAAUGCAGCGGCGAAUAAAACUUCUGUGGAGAAUGGGAUUAAGAAUGUGAAGGUGGAGAGGAAAUCACCAAGUCCGGUUCGUGCAAAUGAAGCUUCUUCAAGAAGCCAGCCUCAAUCUAGAACUGAACUUGUGAUUCCUGCUGUGAAUCCAAAAGUUCCUCAACCAGUAAAAUCAGUGGGUUCAGGUGCAAGAAUUUCUAGUGGUUCCAAUGCUCAACCUAGUUCUUCCACUCCUUCUAAUGGUGUUGCAAAUGUGAAAGUUGAAAAACCUAGUAGGGAGGUGAAUGUGAAAGUGGAAAAAUCUAACAGUGCUUUGAAAGUGAAAUCGGAAAAGUCUCGUAGAAGUUCUUCUGAUGUUGAAGUUGUUGAAAUUCAGGACAGAGGAACGAAAAGGAAGAUUGGGAAAUAUGCUAUAGCCAUGUGGUAUUAUUCUCUCAUUCGCUCUGCUUUGGAUGGAAUGGUCCACCUAUGGCAACUUCAAGCUCGAGGGUCCAGUGCUUCUCUACUUAGCACCACCGAUUGUAUGUCUCCAGUGCAACGGAGAUGGCCAGAAGAUAUAGCCUGGCACCCACUGGGAAAUAGCUUAUUCUCUGCUUACACUGCAGAUAGUGGGGAUUCUCAAAUAUCAGUUUUGAAUUUGAAUAAAACUCAAGGGAGAGCACGUGUAACUUUCUUGGAGGACAAGCCUCAUGUUAAGGCUAUUAUCAAUAGCAUAGAGUUCAUGCCCUGGGAAAAUACCUGUUUUGUCACUGGUGGUGGUGAUCAUGGUGUUGUCCUUUGGAAUGAGAGAGAUGAUGAGAACUUAUGGAAGCCAAAGGCAUUGCACAGGAAUUUGCAUUCUUCUGCUGUCAUGGGGGUUGCUGGGAUGCAGCAAAAGCAGAUUGUACUGUCUGCUGGUGCAGACAAGAGAAUUGUUGGGUUUGAUGUACACGUUGGGAGAGCAGACUUCAAGCAUCAACUCGAUAGCAAAUGCAUGAGUGUUCUGCCAAAUCCGUGCGACUUCAAUCUAUUCAUGGUUCAAACAGGGACUCAUGGGAAGCAACUUAGGUUGUUCGAUAGUAGACUGAGGCAAACAGAAAUUCAUUCUUUUGGGUUUAAACAAGAAAGUAGCGACUCUCAGUCAGCUCUGAUCAAUCAAGCUUGGUCUCCCGAUGGUUUGUACCUCACAUCUGGUUCAGUAGACCCGGUGAUCCAUAUCUUUGAUAUCAGAGGAACAGCUAAUCUUAGAGCAUUUUUGGGUUGGCUUGCAGUUUUGCCAUUGGAAUGUGAGAGAAAGAGAACUCUAGAUUUUAGCUGUGGGCCUCGAUACAUGAACAAAUAG